GUAUGCUGCUGCUGGCGGGUGUCCAUGGCCCGCACCCCCAAGCUGCAGUCGGAGUGGCAGCCAGAGGUUCAGCCCAUGCCAUACACCUUGGGCAGUGCUGGCCAGCUUGAACAAGAGCCCGCUGAAUCUUGACACCUAGGAGAGCAGGAACGGAGUUUCAGCAGGGCAGAGGACCAUGUUGCGUCGCAAACCCUCCAACGCCAGCGAGAAGGAGCCCACACAGAAGAGGAAGCUCUCACUUCAGAGAUCCAGCAGUUUCAAGGAUUUUGCUAAAUCCAAACCCAGCUCCCCUGUGGUGAGCGAGAAGGAGUUUAAUCUGGAUGAUAAUAUUCCAGAAGAUGACUCAGGUGCUCCUGCUCCAGAGGAUGCUGGGAAGAGUAGCAAAAAGCUGGGGAAAAAGUGGAGGGCAGUGAUUUCUCGAACGAUGAAUAGGAAGAUGGGCAAGAUGAUGGUGAAGGCCCUUUCGGAAGAGAUGGGAGACCCCCUGGAGGAGAGCUCAGCUUCCCCAACAUCUCCAGACUGCAGCCUGGACAGCCCCGGGCCAGAGAAGAUGGCUAUGGCCUUUUCCGAGCAGGAGGAGCGAGAUUCCCCGGCAUUAAGCCGCCAGACAUCCACAAGCAGUGAGCUCUGCAGCCCAGGUUUGGGCUCUAACAGCUUUGGGGAGGACUCACCUGCACCCCAGUAUACAGGGCCCUUCUGUGGCCAGGCACGUGUCCAUACUGACUUCACCCCUAGCCCCUACGACCACGACUCACUGAAACUGCAGAAAGGAGACGUGAUUCAGAUUAUUGAAAAGCCACCCGUGGGCACAUGGCUAGGCCUGCUUAAUGGCAGGCUGGGCUCUUUCAAGUUCAUCUAUGUGGAUGUGCUACCUGAGGAGACCAUGGGACCUGCCCGCCCGAGCCGCCGGCAGAGCAAGGGCAAGAGGCCCAAGCCUAAGACCCUGCAUGAGUUGCUGGACCGCAUUGGCCUGGAGGAGCACACGCCCACCCUGCUGCUCAAUGGUUACCAGACACUGGAGGACUUCAAAGAGCUGCGAGAAACACACCUAAACGAGUUGAACAUCAUGGACCCCCAGCACCGAGCCAAGCUGCUCACGGCGGCCGAACUGCUGCUGGACUAUGACACGGGCAGCGAGGAGGCAGAAGAGGGCGCUGAGAGCAGCCAUGAGCCAGAGCCGAAGGUAGACAUCCCUCGAGACUCAGGCUGCUUCGAGGGCUCAGAAAGUGGCCGUGAUGAAACAGAGCUGGCGGUCACUGAGGAGCAGCUGCACGGCCUUUCCUUGGCCGAGGAAUCUUGA